AUGAACAUAAUCAUGUUUAUGAUCACCCUAUCUCUAGGACUAAGCAUCGCCCUAACCGCCCUAAACUUCUGACUGGCCCAAAUAACCCCAGACUCGGAAAAACUAUCCCCAUACGAGUGCGGAUUUGACCCCCUAGGCUCCGCCCGACUGCCAUUCUCAAUCCGAUUCUUCCUAGUGGCAAUCCUGUUCUUACUAUUCGACCUAGAAAUCGCCCUCCUACUACCCCUACCAUGAGCAACUCAACUUCAAUCCCCUAUAACUACGCUAAUAUGAACUUCCGCCCUAAUCCUCCUCCUCACCCUGGGCCUAGUAUACGAAUGAGCCCAAGGAGGUCUAGAAUGGGCAGAGUAG